AUCAUAUGAUCCUCCUGUCAUUCCAAACCCUUCAUAAAUGCUUCAUGAGUCCUAAUUCGUUAGCAUUUCUCAAAAACAUCUGUUUCUCCCUAAUAACCCUUUUGAAAUCAAUAAUCGAUCCGACAAAAUCUAUUCCCAAUUGCCCUUUGAACCACAGCCAUUGGAGAUGAUGUUCGACAAUCUACCCGUUUAAUAAGCAUUUUCCCAAUAAAUCAUAGUGAAACCAUCCAAAUUUUCAAAUCUCAAAAAACUCGCUCCUCCUGCAAUCCUACCACAAAAAAGGUAUCUCUCUAUUUUAUCAUUUCAUAGAUCUUGUCACGAUUAAUAACAAUUAAAAAUGCCAAACUAUGAAUCUUAAAAAGAACCCCUCAAAUCCUAAAAAGGUACUUAAAAUGAUUUUUUAACUGUAGGACUAAAACAUUUGUCAAUCAAAGUUAAACAAAUAGUCUUCGAAUUCAAAUCCACGUCCUACAAGGAUGUCGCAGAAAGACUUAUUUAAGAAUUGAUUUAAGAAGAAGGUAGAAUUUCAGAUUGUGAUAAUGUAUUAUAAAAUUAAUUUCAAAGUCAAAAGAUGAGUAGAAUAUAAAAAGAAGAGUGUAUGAUGCACUUAAUGUAAUGAUUGCCUCUAGAGUCUUAAAAAAAGAAGGUAAAAAGGUUAAAGCCGACUUUGACACUUUGGUAUUAGGAAAGAAUAUAUUACAGGAAAAAUCAUUUCAAAAGGAAUAACUUGUAACUCCACCUUUAUAUUAACUAGACUACUAUGUAAAAAACUGUUGAACUCAAAAAAAAAUAAUUGGCAGAAAUUGUUUGCAAAAUCAAGGCAGCCAAUACCCUUGUCUAAAGAAAUAAAUCCUUAGAGCUUAAUUAAGAAUAAUAAUUGUUUUAUUUUCCAAUUUUGUUAUUCACUCAAAAUGCCAAUCAUUCCAAAUUUAUUAAGGAUAGAAAAUAAUUAAAAAUUUUGUUGAAGUCCAAAGCGAACUUCGUUGCUGAUUUAGAUAUUGUUAAAAAAUUAUACAAGUAAACUAAAAUGUUGAUUAUUUUAGUGAAACUAUCGACCUAAAGUACCUAAUAGAUGAAUGCGAGAAUUUAUAUACAUGA